AUGUCAGAUCUUGAGUCUUUGCUGGAGUACAAUGAAUUUGUCAAGAAGAUGCUUGCUAAUGAAGAAGAAGGAUUUCAGUUCUAUAACAACUACGGUUUUGAGAAAGGAUUUAGUGUGAGGAGAAGCUAUUGUGAGUGGGACAAUGGCCACAAUGAGAUAACUCUUCGGAAGUUCAUUUGCAGUCGUCAAGGUUUCCAUGAAGAGAAGCAGCUGAAGAGGGCGAUUAAGAAGCGUGGAAUAUUACCCGUGUUGGAUGCCUUGCUAAAUUUGUGA